AUGCCCAGCGAGAGCAAGACGAGCGCCGACUCGAAGGACGAGAAACACGCCGGCGGGUCGAGCGAGUCCAAAGCUCAUGGUGGCCACGCAAAGGCCGGCGCCAAGGACGACGACGGCAGCAGCUUCGACCCGGACAACAACGACCUGGUGAACAAGGUCAUCUCCUUCUUCUUCGACAACGACGAGUUCGCGCACACGUUCGAGACGUUCGCAGAGACCCACUGCCACGCCUUCGACCUCGACAGCGACGAGAUGAAGCUCGAGUACACGGACAUCUACAACGAGUUCCUCGCUCUGUUCGAGGAGAAGCUCGAAGCGUACAUCCGAUCGCAGGGAGCAACCGUGCACGAGUUCUACGAGCUGGUGCGUCGAGCGUAUGAGCUCGACCGACAAUCAGGCACCGUGCUUUGCUCGGAGAUUCUGGUGGCCACGGCCGACUUCGACGUGUUCGUGCUCAUGAUGCGCCAAACGAAAGAGGCGGCGCUGCUGGCCAAACGUUGA